UCAUGCAACAGAGCAGGGCCAGGCAGCUUUCUCUCUCUCUCUCUCCUGUUGGACUGUAGCAUCGACACGCUGCUUCGUCCCCGUCACCUCAAUGUUCUCCAGAGGAUUUUACUGAUCACUGGUGAAUUUACCUGAGUAUUCCUCCAUUAGGGCUAUUUCUCUAACUUUCAGCAGCAAGAUUUCGUGCUCAACACAUUACAGACAGAAUUUCAUCCCUAAAGGCCCUUUUUAACCUUCGCCUCCCUCCACCAUACUGCUCCAGGAACCAGUUUUUCAUCAUAACGACUAGCUUGUGGAAGCCAUGAGUGCAUGCAGCAGGAAGGCUCUGACUUUACUCAGCAGUGUCUUUGCAAUCAGCGGCCUGGGGCUGCUGGGAGUGGCGGUGAGCACAGAUUACUGGCUCUACCUGGAGGAGGGCGUCAUCAUGCCUCUGAACCAGACAGCUGACAUCAAAACUUCGCUGCACUCAGGUCUCUGGAGAGUCUGCUUUCUGGCUGGUGACGAGUCUGGCCGCUGUUUCACCAUUGAGUACAUGAUGCCCACGAGUCUCCAGCUGACGUCAGAGUCCACAGGAAAUGUGCUCAAGAUGAUCCGUUCAGCGACUCCAUUCCCUCUGGUCAGCCUCUUCUUUAUGUUCAUUGGUUUUGUCCUCAAUAACAUCGGACACGUCCGUCCUCAUCGCACCAUCCUGGCGUUUGUCUCAGGAAUCUUUUUCAUCCUUUCGGGACUGGCUCUGGUGGUGGGUCUGGUACUGUACAUCUCCAGUAUAAAUGAUGAGAUGCUGAACAGGACAAAGAGCAGUGAGGCCUAUUUCUCCUAUAAGUAUGGCUGGUCUUUCGCCUUCGCCGCCCUCUCCUUCCUGCUCACUGAGAGUGCAGGAGUCAUGUCUGUCUAUCUUUUCAUGAAGCGUUACACAGCAGAGGAAAUCUACCAGGCUCGCCACCCCAAUUUCUACCGGCCUCGGGUGAGCAACUGCUCCGACCACUCCGGUCAGUACCUCCACCCAGAGUCCUGGUCGCGUGGACGGAGCCCCUCAGACAUCUCGAGUGAAGCCUCGCUCCAGAUGAGCGCCAGCUACCCUGCUCUCCUCAAAUGUCCUGACUAUGACCAGGUGUCAUCCUCACCCUGCUGAGUCAUCAGAGGCCAAUUAAAGGUCACUAAUGAGUCUCAUAGAGUCAAAUAGUUGAGUGAAUAAAGAGGUUUCAUUUAUGGUAAAGAGACAAAACAAAUAAGUUUGAGCCAUCGGUCAAAAAUCUUGAGUUGGUUUAGUUUUCUAUCAGGUCAAAAAUAUAUUCUGCAAACUACUUUUAGUUGAAACAAGUGAACUAGAGGAAGUCUGCAAGUUAAAGUGGUAUGCUGAAAAAGUAAUGGUUUAAUGUUUAUUUAUAGCGAACUAUUCAUAAACCUUAAACUUUUUACCAUUUUGCUAUGUUACAGUACAACCACACACUCCAGUGUAUUUCAUCAGGAUUGUAUGGGAUAGACCAACACAAAGCAGUGCAUAGUUAUGAGGUGGAACGAAAAUGAUGCAGGGUUUUGUGUUGGUCUGUCACAUAAAACUCAAGUAAAAUUUAGUAAAGUUUAAGAUUGUGAGAUGACAAGAUGUAAAAAAAAAAUGUUUUUAAAAGUUUACAAAGCACUGCAUGUACUUUGCUUUAUUUGUAUUUUAGCUCAUUAUUGUUAGCUGUGGGUUGCGAGCAAUGUGUAAAAAUAUGUAUUACUACAUACUAUAUCCAAGGGAUGCAGAAUGUAUUAGCAGUUAAUGUUUCAUUGACCUUUUUCCCUUAGGGUAAAUUAUUUCGCUCCUGGAGGCCUAAAUGCUUCUUUAUGAUUUUAAUAAACACUGAUAAAUAAGCAAUAAAGUCAAAAUGUAAUGGAAAAAGCAAUAGUCUUUAAUGUCUUUGUUAAUAUAAUUAACACAGUACAAAUUGGGAUAUUCUUAAAUUUGAUUAUUCUUGUCAUAUCAUUCACAUCUGAUAAUUUCAUUUGGUUCUGCAAGGAGUGAAUGAAAACACAUUCUGCAUCAGAAAUAUGUGUUGUGUUAACCGAAAUCACAAGAGUUUUUGUGAUGUUAUUGUUAGUAUCCAGUAUUGUCCAUUUUAAACAACAGGGAACAAGUUAGAGAAACUAUGUUGGCAAACAUCACUUAAAAGUCUCAAAAGACAUUUCUCUAUUUUUCACAGCUCUGGCCAGUUAUAGCAGUCUGUUUUGUAUAGUUAAAGUUUUUUUUAAAAACAUGAACGGAUGUUGGACAUAAUCUAAAUCAUUACGAUAACAAUAGUAAAUAACUGAGUAUUGUCUAGUAUUUUCUUGACGUACCUUAAUAUUACCACAAAAUGCCUCGAUGCUUUUAUGAUCUCUGUGGCAACUGUGAUCCUCUACAAUUUACAUUUUCAUGGUUCAGUACUAUCAUAUGGACGUGUUGGUGGAGGGAUAAAACAUUGAGAACGGGACACAGAAUAGGGUCUGAAUAUACAAAUCUUUUUCUUACUCUCAUAGUUAUCCAGACCUGGAAAAUAAUUGAAUCAGAUUCCAUACCAUUUCCUGACUGUAAAGAAACCUUGUUAAAAAACAAUAGUUGAAGUCCCAAAAGGGUCUUAUUCUUUGUGAAACCGUCCAGUGCAGAUGUUAAAUUUUUUGUCUAUUUCCAUUAAGACUAUAUUUUAUUUUGUAAGAUUAAAUAUUUGCAAAUGUAUAACAAAUUAAACUUGUGCAACACUGUAUGUGGAUCAAUCUUAGUUUAAAACAAAAAUUCCACCUGAAUUUAUUUUAACUUUUGUAAUUUUAGACAAACUGCCUGUAGGGGGCACCAAUGUUCCAUUUAAUGCUCCUUACGUCUUUUUGCAGAAACACAACCUGUUUUUCCAAACAUGUCCUGUUCUGCUUCCUGUUUGCUCACCUGGUUGCAUUCAGUCAGCAUCACAAAACUACACAGCCUUUCUCUACACUUAAAAGGUAAUGAAAACAUGUCUUGUCAAAGUGUUUUCUGUUACAAGGCUUAAAACUCCUUAUUUAUGCAAAGAAGUAGGUCAAAACGAGCGUCAAUAAUGAAUAUCCCAUGAGUCUGCUAUAAGCUUUAUGUAUACUUUAUGUAGAUACACGUAAUGUACAACGUGACCAACAGCUCUUACAGAGAAUAUAAAAAUUAAUGCAACCACAAGCCCACAAAGGGCUGCAGAAGAUAAAAUGAUGCCCUUAUAUCACAAGGCCUACAUUUUAUUUUACAAUAACAUACAAAACUAUUGGUGUUAUUGACAUCUUUAUCAGUUAUAUAAUCAUCAUCCUAAACAUGAAGCAUCAUAUUCACUAUAAUCUUUCCCAUUAUUAUAAAUAUAACCAUCUUUUUCUUAUCAGUCAUGGCUUUUAAACAUCUUUGUCACAGUUAUUAACCUAGAUUCUCUUCAUCACUUCAAAUGUCAUUUUUUGAACCAAAUGAUUGUUUAAGGCUUUUGCAAAGAAGACCCCAAACUUUAGCAAGAUGCAAACAUGUUACAGAGUGUGCAUACUACAACAAAGACAGUAAAACCAAUACAUUAUAUAUACACAUACAUAACUUAGGCAUACGUUAUUUAAGAUUUACAGGGAGUAAUAAUAAAACCAUUUCACCAAUAAAAAUAAAUAAUAAAAAGAAAGCUGGUUAUUAUGUAGAAAAGCAAGCAACAAUCAAAUGCAACAGGAUCACAAUACAUCAACCUUCACUAACAUAUGCAGUAGAGAAAUGAAAAAAAAACUGGAAAAAGCUUAAUCGGACUGGUACCAACUGGGUUGCUGCAGAGCAAGAAAACAAACCCGUUUUUAGACUUAAAAGGCUUUCUGAAAAUGAAAGUGCUGCUGAAGUUGUAAUCCUUAAGAUGCUCAAGAAAACAUAUCUUUUAAAAUAUUUUACGGUAUUAAUAACUGCUUAGCGACAGCUAAUUGGCAUAAGGUAUUGUUGAGUAUAAUUUGCCUUCAAAGCACAAAAUAAGUAAGCUGAUGCAGCUUUUAGGGACUGCCAUCCUAUGAAGUACCAAUCAAAGUAAAAAAGGUGUUUCUGAGGGGCUGUUCUGCUCUAUACAGCUGGAGAAAACUCAGAUUACUCUGGGACUUUUUCUAGCAUCUCAUUACAAAGCAACUGGGGGUCUGAUCUUUUUUCCCUAUCAUUGAAUAUAUAUCAAUCCAAAUGCUUUUACAGAUCAUGCUGGACAUCUUGAUGUGGAAGUUGUGACUGAGUGGAGAAGACACAAACUUGAAUAUUUUUAAUACUAGAGAGGAUGAAUCAUAUGAAGUGCAACAAUGCCAGAACGUUUUUAAAUGGAAAUAAAAACAUUUUAACAUGUUGAGACAGGUCUGUGGUUUAUUCAGGUCGUUAGAGAACAAGAGAGAGUGGGACUUUCAGCAGAUGACAGGAAGGCUAAAUGGAGAACAGAAACGUUUCUCCAGUUCAACCAUUUGAGCUUUUUAAUCUCUGUCACUGACCAUACAGGCCACUGUCCAAAACUGUUGGCAGCCUUUUGGUAAAGAUCUACAUUCUCAAGUGAAAACACAUGAAGAAUGCUGUUGCAGCAACGCUAACCUCAUUAAUAAGAUGCUAAACACAAUUUAAAAUGUCAACUCCAAAUAUUUUGUUUCAAAAUUCUAUAAUCUUGUUUUUACAGCGACGGCACAUAGAGUGUGACAUCGACAUUUCAGCAUGAGCGCCUCCAAGUAGUCAGAUGAUUAUGAUUGUGUGAUUCAUUUAGCUAAUAGCCAGUGAUGACCUAAGUUUCACUUUCAGUCUGAAACAUUCAGGAUCUUCAGAAGAGUGAACAGCCUACAGAACAUAGCAUGAGACUGUGUAAGGUUGCUGGGUCGUUGGAAGCAGGGCAUCAUGUUUUCCAAUGGCGUUAAAACAAAUGGCUGGUGUGUAAUGGUGUGGUAGGGCAAUAAGGAUUACAACUUCAGGUCUAAAAAAAGUUAUAUUUGAAGUCUCAUAUUAAAGCACCAUUACUACUUAAUCAUAAUAUAACAAAGUAUACACAUUUCAAGUCUCAGCUCCCAAAGAAAAGAAUGACAUCAGCCCAGCUGAAUAUAGACUCCAAUGAUCUAUUUGACACCUUUUUUUUCUGAGGUUACUCUGAGCAUGGCACCAGGAGAGAAGAGCUCAGCCCCAGAAUGAGAUGACGCCUCAGUCCAGCUGUGGUUAUGCUGAACUGACUCAAACACCAACCCUUAAAAAUGUGCAUCUGUUUCCUCACCCUGUUUAUUCUUUGACCCCAGUGUUGAUGGCCAACCACCUGAACUCUGGUUUUUAGUUUCAACAACCAUUUUUUUAAAGCACAGUGGAGGAAAUACUUGCACACUGUAUGCAAACAAACUUAACAUGCACACUGAGGCACA